CAUUUAGCUAGCCGAGCCGAUUAGCCUGCUGCUAGUUAAUGUUUGUAGGUGACUUAACGUUACCCGCGUCUACGUGAAUGCACAAAGUAGCAUAGAAAGGAUGGCGGACAUCGAGGUAGAUGGGAUUUGUUCGCCGGGUUCUCCCUUUCCUCACCCUUCCUCCCAUAACGGCUCUGGCGGCGGCUGUACCGUCACACCGGACACCGGCUGCCAGAUGGCAACAACCACCGUUUCUUCAGGCCCACGGCUUGUCCGCAUCGUCAAGUCUGACUCGGGCUACGGUUUUAAUGUUCGAGGACAAGUCAGCGAAGGCGGGCAGCUGCGGAGCAUUAACGGCGAGCUGUACGCUCCUCUGCAGCACGUCAGCGCGGUCUUACCGGGAGGUGCCGCCGACAGAGCCGGUAUCUCCAAAGGGGACAGGAUUCUGGAGGUUAAUGGGGUGAAUGUGGAGGGAGCGACGCAUAAGCAGGUGGUGGACUUGAUCCGCGCUGGAGAAAGGGAGCUGGUUCUGGCUGUGCUGUCUGUCCCGCCUCAGGAGGCUGACUGCUUGGAUCCCGGUGAUGAUGGUUCAGCCCAGUCCUGCUAUGACUACUCUGAUAAGCAGGCUGUCCCCAUCUCUGUCCCCAGUUACAAACACACUGAGCUAAACCAGGAAAAGUUUGUGGUCUAUAAUGUGUAUAUGGCUGGUAGACAACUGUGCUCUAAGCGCUACAGAGAGUUUGUGAUCUUACACCAAAAUCUAAAAAGGGAGUUUUCCAACUUUACAUUCCCUAAGCUGCCUGGAAAGUGGCCUUUUUCACUCUCAGAACAGCAGCUGGAUGCACGGCGCAGAGGUCUUGAAGAAUACUUGGAGAAAGUGUGCUCUGUGAGGGUAAUCGGAGAGAGUGACAUCAUGCAAGAGUUCCUGUCUGAAUCAGAUGAGAAUUACAAUGGAGUAUCUGAUGUGGAGUUGCGGAUAGCCAUGCCCGACAAGAUGACACUCACCAUCAGAGUUUGUAAAAACUCCACCACAGACCAAGUUUACCAGGCUGCAGUUAUGAAACUAGGAAUGGACAGUGUAACAGCCAGCUACUUCGCUCUGUUUGAAGUAAUCAACCACACCUUUGUACGUAAGCUCGCUCCCAACGAGUUCCCACAUAAAUUGUAUAUACAAAACUACACCUCAGCCAUCCCAGGAACUUGCCUCACCCUCCGCAAGUGGCUCUUCACCACCGAGGAGGAACUUCUACUCAGUGACAACCAGCUUGCUCUCAACUAUUUCUUUCACCAGGCUGCAGAUGAUGUGAAGAAAGGUUUCAUCAAAGCAGCACAGAAAUCGUACCAGCUGCAGAAGCUGGCUGAGCAGAAGAAGAUGACCACGUAUUUGAGUUUAUUAAGGGGUUGUGAGGGUUACAAUGAGAUCAUGUUCCCUCACUGCUCGUGCGACUCUCGACGCAAAGGUCACGUCAUUACAGCCAUCAGCAUUCAACACUUCAAACUGCACGCCUGCACAGAAGAAGGGACACUUGAGGCCUGUCCAUGUUUUCAGAACCAGGUGAUUGCAUUUGACUGGAGUGAAAUGCAGAGGUGGGACACAGAUGAAGAGGGCAUGGCCUUCUGCUUUGAAUAUGCACGGGGAGAAAAGAAGCCACGCUGGGUCAAGAUAUUUACACCCUAUUUUAACUACAUGCAUGAGUGUUUUGAGAGAGUUUUCUGUGAGCUGAAGUGGAGAAAGGAGGUGGAAGAGGAGGCUACAGACAAGGACAAUAAGAACUGCAGUAAAGAUGGUAUGUGUGGAAAGAAUGUAUUUCAGCUGCUGAGAUACAGAAGGGAUGGCGGCACCUAGGAAGGGAGAUCAUUAACUCCUAAUUGCACACCUCCAUCAUUGGCUCUUUUCAGUUUGGCCCUCGUUUAGCAUCAGAUCCAGCAACAUUAGAAUAUUAACUACACGAUCAUCAUUUACACUCC